UUUAGGACGCGGAACCGCACUUGCUGUAGGAGCGAUAGCAACCAAGCACUUGCCCGAUGUCACUCGGGAACUCGUCCAUGGCGAUGGGCUGGGUUAAGGCGAAAGCCCAUCAAGCGGCUCGAGUGUGCUCGUGGCUGGCCAAGCCAUUAUUGACUGCCCAGUUUUAACAGCAUCUUAUCAAGCCCCGCAUCCACCUAACCAAGCUGUGGAGACACGACAUUUUGGGGGCGCGCACCGUUUGCACAACACGACUGACUGGAACAAGUCUAUCUUACAUACAUACCCAGCAAUGCCAAGCAAUUCUCCGGGCAGCUCGCUGCGAAGCUUGCUGCGGCAGACGAAGGGCGCUAUCGGCCAAAGGCCGUCUUAGUCCGCGCACCGCUGUCAAAUAGGACAGGGUUGUUACGAGUAUAAUUAGAGCUUACUGACCGGUUGCGACUAGUGGACCCGCAGCGGACGAAAUGCCGAGCCAGUACUCGAAGCUGCAGGCAAACAAGUUUGACGCGUGGAAACAUGCGUACAUGCAUUUGGGCAGCCGGGCAGUCACUCUUAAUGACCUAAGACUACAGGGCACGUCAGCCUGCAUCCUGCAGCUGAUCGUGACCACGGUGCUGCCAGUCGUGUGGUACCUCAUUUUCUACAACAAGGACUCGCGCCUUACGCCGGUCCCCAUCCUCACGUGGUCCAUCACAGCCUUAGCAGCAUGCCUGGGCAUCUCGGGCUUUGUAUUCCUCAAGUCGCUGCUGCUGGGCCUACACGCGGUGCUGGCGCUGGCGCUGAGUGCGGCGUUGGGCGUGUUCCACACGGAGCUCUACAUGCUGCUGGUGGACCGCUGCGAGCGCACGCAGCUUAGCUUCAGGGGCUGCUCCACAUGCGCCUGCGCCGCAGCCAACAACUGCACCCGCGCCGCGCUGGCCACCGGCGCAUGCGUGGGCUGCAAGGCCUGGUCCACAGAGGUGUGCUCCGGCGUGGACACGGCCGCCUCCGCGCUGCCCUACAUGGGUGUCAUUGAGCUGCUGUUCAUCGCGCUGCCCGCCGUGUGGAGCUUCAUGGUGCUCAUGCGCAUGGAGAAGGAGCACAACGACGCCGCAAACAAGCUGCUGUACGCGCGCUCCGUGGUGAACCGCGAACUGGACCGGCUGGAGGCCAAACGCGGCCUGGACGUGGAUCUGAUGGUCUUCAAGCAGCUGCUCACAACCAUGCAGCGCCUGGGCACUGCUCGCGACCGGGCCGCGGUGAGCUCGGCCUGCGAGCUGCUGGGCCUGGAUGCGGAGCUGCUGGCGGUGGAGUUUGACGAGGAGGCGGGAGGCAGGUACGGCAGCGCGACCGCGGGCGGCGGGCAUCACGUGGGCCCCUCCUACAAGGUGGGCUCCGUCACCACACGGCACGAGGACUACCUCAAGCACAUGGCGGCGCAGGGCGGCGGCGGCUUCCUCAACUCCUCCGUGACGCUGCCGGCGCCGCCAGGCACACCACAGGGCAUCGCGGCACACGCCAUGCCGCAUGCGCCGCCUCUGUCCAUGGCCGCGCAUGACCUGCAGGCCGACCGUACGCGUGCUCGGGCGGAACUGCCGCACGACCCCAACAGCCCGGGGCCGUCAGGCUACCGCGAAACGCCGGUGGAGCAGUGGGACGAGGACCCCGAGCACGGGCAGUACGCUGAUGACACAGACUACUACGACGAGAGCAGCUAUGAGCACGGCGAAUACCCGGAGGGCAGCGAAUGGGUCACCGACUACGAGGACGGGCCCGCAGCCAUUGCGGCAGCAGGCGGCCUGGCGGCUGGAGGCGCGGCCGGCGCAGCAGCAGCAGGAGGCGGUGCCGCCGAGGGCGAGGCGGCGCCGAAAAAGAAAAAGAAGAAAAAGAAGAAGUCGGAGGCUGGCGCGGAGGGCGAGGCGGCGGACGGGACGGUGAAGAAGAAGAAAAAGAAGAAGCGGGCCAGCGUGGAGGGCGGGCCGGAGGGCGGCGCCGCUGGCGCGGCGGCAAGCCCGGGUGCGGAUGCAGACGCGGGUGGCGAGGCCGCUGCGGGCACGAAGAAGAAGAAGAAGGGCACCAAGAAGGGCACCAAGAAGAAUGCGGUGGUGCCGACGGAUGCGGCGGACGCGGGCCUGCCGGGCGGUGUGAUGAACGACAUGGACCUGGGCCUGGUGGAUGCAGCGUUGGAGGAGCUGGAGAUGGGCGUCGCCAAAGAGAAGAAGGCGAAGAAGAAGGCCGGUACGGGCGGCAAGAAGGCGCGAAAGAGCGACGCGUAGCAUGUUGGCAUGUGUGCAUUCAGGUGCAUUUAAGAAUGGUGCAUGCGUGUGACUGGACAUGGGUGAAUGGAGGAUGGGCGAACGAUGCAUGCCGGAUGAGUGGCAUAUGGGCGCCGAAGGAGGGUGCUGGGUGCACGUGCACACUAUCCCCAGGGCCAGAGCGAGGGCCCAAGGCGGCGCUAACGACAUACUGCCCAUGCACACAUGAGGAGCCUUGAGGAGGAAUAAUGCAGCUAGCUGCUAGCACAGACAGACGCUGACUGAACCUGGUGCAUGGGACUGUCACUGGCACUAUGCGGCAGGCUGUGGUGCCGUGUCGGCUUGAUUGGGUCUGCCGAUGGGUCCGGGAUAACCCUUAGGACUCUACACCGCACCUCUCCCAUUAUGGCGGCCGUGCCGCUGUUGAUGAGCGUCCUGCUGCCCGUGCUGGCGGCUGCAUGCGCCUGAGGGCACACCUGCCACUGCCAGCGAUGCGGUUGAUCACUAUGCUGGCGGGCUGAAGGUGCCGGAGAGCAGUACAAUGGCGGUAACAAAGAGUGCCGCAUGAUCUGACUAACGCACGCAUGGAGGCAGGGACGUGAAACCGGUCCGAAUGUCCGAUACUACCGUAUCCCUGGAUGCACGGGGGGAAGGGGCGGCCAGCACUUUCACAUUUGAGAACCUUCCCAAAUGCCGUACGUGAUGCAAUUUCGCCUAGGUUGCUGUAUGAGUGUAUGUGACCUGAAGGAGUGCUCAGCAAAGAUCCAUGAGGCUUAGAUAGCUAAAGGGGCGUCGCUGCCAGUCGUCUACACUUAAGCCCCCAAGCCCCCCAAAACGUCUACGCUUCCCCCAUUUUUGCGCCAAAACCGGCCAAAAACGUCUACACCUGCAUCGAUGCGCGGCACCCAAACCCAAAAUGUUUUCUCCGCCUUCGGCGGAUUUUGGACAGAUUUCUACAGUGUAGAUGGAAGAUACGAGCACCGGUUACCGGCUGUUAUGUUGGCCUUGCCACCAUCGGUUAGCACGUGAUGUGCAGCCGACUUGAACGUGAACACGUCAGAUGACGCGCUAUUCCGUGCUGUAAGCAAAUGUCCAACCUCGUCUGCGCGGCCGCAUCGUGAGCUAUGCUAGCCUUCCACAGAAAAAGCAGGUCCUUCCACAGAAACAGCAGGCCCCGAGUAAGUGGAAUCCGCAGAAGUAGUGACCUGGUUGGGGGUGGGACCGCAGACAGACACCAUGCCGCCAUGCACACGCGUGAAUGCAACGUGGGAAACCCGCCGGCAUAAUAACGCCCUACCCAGCCCUCAGGGCGGGCGCGACUGGGCUGCCACCAAAUCCAACGUGCCUGGCUAUCAUCAUGCCUGAAGCCUGCAAACCUGGCCUCCCCUCCACCCCCUCCC